GGCGGCGGCUCGGGCCCAUUCCGGCCCGGCCCGGGCUGGUCGGCGGGGCCGCGGUUGCAGGGCGGGCUGCGCGCCCUUCUGGCCUUGACUUGCGGUCCACCAGCGGCGUUGCGGGCCUCCGGGCCGCGCGCCCGCCCAUGGGCUGCGGGUCCGGCCGCCAUGUGUAGAUCUUAAAGCGCCUGUAUUAUUUUUGAAACGCUUUGACAUCUCUGAAGGGCUUUGUAUUGCAAACGAAAUCGAAGCGCUUUGUAUUCCCGGAAGCGCUUUGACAUCUCUGAAGGAGAGCUAUAUAAACUGAAGCAUGUGGUAAUCGCGGAAACACGUUGUGGGCUUGGAAACCGAACCGAAGCCUUUGGUAAAUCUUGCAGCGUUUUGACUUCUCCGAAAAGCUUUGGCAUCUCAAACCUAGAGAACUGUGAUGGGCAGUGGAAAGAAGGGGGAAAGGAGCUCAUGGCGUCGGAGCGGCGCAAGGUCAAGUACCACUGGAGCAGCACUUCGGAAGGGUGUUCCCGCAAGCGCAGCUGCCUCAGGGAGACCAGUGAUGUGGCCUCCUCCAGAAGGCCAGCUCGUAGUACUGCGUCGCGUUCUGGAGGGGCCAGCAGCCCCAAGCGCCUGAAAGCCCAGGAGGACGAUGUGGCCUGCACACCGACGUUGUCCUGGGACUCAUCCCGUCGCAGAAAUUCCUCCUCAUCUUCCUCCUCCCAUUCCUCCGGCCCAGGUGUGGACGGGGCUGCCUCCAAAAGCUGCCUGAUUCGGAGCACACGGGGUUUUCUUUCGUCCGAGGGAUCGCCUCUGCGCCCUGCCAGCCCCUCUCUAGAAGAAAUGGCUUCUCUAGAGGAGGAAACCUGUAGCCUUAAGGUUAAUUCCAAAGAUGGUUCUCUUAAUUCCACAAACUCUGAGUUUGCAGCUGAAGCUGAGGGGCAAAAUGAUACAAUUGAGGACCCAAACAAGGUUCAGAAAAGGAAGAAGGAUAGACUUCGAGACCAAGGCUCUACAAUGAUCUACCUGAAGGCUAUCCAGGGCAUCCUGGGAAAGUCGAUGCCAAAAAGAAAGGGAGAGACUGUCAGUAGGGCAAAACCGAACACAGGAGAGCGUCCCAGCCGUGGAGAAGGACCAGCCAGGAGUGUCACUGUGUCUGCUCCUCAAAAAGAGAAAGAGUCAGCCCCAGAAGUCAGAGUGAAAGAUGAAAAAAAGGCUGUGCUGGAGAGGAGCAGCUUCUGUGACAGGAGAGUGGUGGUAGACCCUCUGGAGAAACCCAGUGAGGAGCCACUUGGUGACCGAAGGACAGUUAUUGACAAGCGCUCUCCACCCCUAGAAUUUUUGGAUGACUCUGACUCUCAUGUAGAAAGCCAAAAGCCUAAAGAGAGGGAGGUGGUGAUAGAGCACGCCUCUUCAGGAAGUGACUGGUCCGACGUGGAUGAGGUCUCCACAGUCAGAUUCUCUCAGGAGGAGCCUAUUUCACUGAAACUCUCAGCAACCUCAGAGCCUUCUGCCUUCCCCACUGACUAUGUCAUGUACCCAGCUCAUUUAUACAGUAGUCCUUGGUGUGACUACGUCAGCUAUUGGACCAGCAGUACCAAGCCUUCUAGCUACCCCUCAGUGGGCAGCAGCAGCAGUGACACAUUGCAGGCUGGGAGGAGCAGCCGGGGCCUCCUGAGUGAUUAUUCCCCCAACUCUACUGUGAGCUCCCAAAACACCUCCAGAGAUCUGGAGGCGACAGAGGAAGGCAGAUCCCAGAAUUCUCGCUCAUUUCGUUUCUCCAGAAGCUUAGAAGAGAAGGUGAAGGAGAAAAGAACAUUCCAGGAGGAGAUGCCACCACGUUCUUGUGAAGGACAUGCAUCUAGCUCUCUGCCAAGGAGCCAUCGGGAGCAAAACCUAGAAGAGGGCUUCAUUGAUACCCAUUGUCACUUGGACAUGCUCUAUUCCAAGUUGUCUUUCAAAGGGACCUUUAGCAAGUUUAGAAAAAUUUAUAGCAGCUCUUUCCCUAAGGAAUUUCAGGGCUGCAUCUCUGACUUCUGUGAUCCCAGGACGCUGACAGACUGCCUGUGGGAGGAGCUGUUGAAAGAGGAUCUGGUUUGGGGGGCCUUUGGCUGUCACCCUCAUUUUGCUCGUUACUACAGUGAGAGCCAAGAAAGAAAUCUUUUACAAGCCUUAAGGCAUCCCAAGGCUGUGGCAUUUGGGGAAAUGGGCUUGGAUUACUCCUACAAAUGUACGACACCUGUUCCAGAACAGCACAAGGUAUUUGAGAGACAGCUACAGUUGGCCGUGUCUCUAAAGAAGCCCUUGGUGAUUCACUGCCGAGAAGCUGAUGAAGAUCUGCUGAGCAUCAUGAAAAAAUUUGUGCCCUCAGACUACAAGAUCCAUAGGCAUUGCUUCACUGGCAGCUACCCGGUCAUCGAGCCCCUGUUGAAGUACUUUCCCAACAUGUCUGUGGGCUUCACGGCAGUCCUGACUUACUCCUCUGCGUGGGAGGCCCGGGAAGCUCUGAAACAGAUCCCGCUGGAGAGAAUCAUCGUGGAAACUGAUGCCCCAUACUUUUUGCCUCGACAGGUUCCCAAAAGCCUUUGCCAGUAUGCCCACCCAGGCCUGGCCUUGCAUACAGUUCGAGAGAUUGCCAGGGUCAAAGAUCAGCCGCUCUCCCGCACCUUGGCUACCUUGCGUGAGAACACCAGUCGCCUCUACAGUCUUUAAGCAGAGGGUGCAGGAGUCUCCUAUAAAAGGAUGACCAGUGACCUGACAGGACGUAGGCUGGCUUCGAACUCUGCCUGGGUCCCAGGACAAGGGUGUGUUUGGAGAGCACGUUGGAAUGGAGAAAACCAAGACAGGAAACAAGAUGUUUUCCUACAAACCUUGUUAUAAGGGUUUUGCUUCUGGCUGGUGGGUGGGUGGGGUGGUGGGGUAUGGUGGAGUGCGGUGAGGGGUGGGGGUUUGCUGCCCAGCCACCUGCUCCAGGACAGUCGGGGAAGAAGAAAGGCUGGUAGAAGGGUGCAACAAUUUGCCAAUCUAAAACCCUGUUCUCUGCAGCUUAUGUUUUUGAGCAGCCUGUGAAUAAAGUCACCCUCCUACUUGUGUAAGCCCAUGUUGGUGUGUAACUUGGUUCCUGGUUUUCAGUUCUGAGCAUGAACUCCCAGUGGGAAAUCUGUGGGGGCCUUCGCUGGAGAUGUGUAAAGUCACCCCCUUUCCUUCCCUGGAUAACUCUUCUGUUUGGUCGUCGCUGUUGCUGUGUCAACACUGCAUCGGUACAGAUGGAAGGACCUCGACUGCUGGGCUCACUGGUUCCACUGCCAUUAAUGCAGAGCAGGUAGAAGGGCACUCACUGUCUAGCCAAAUUCCUGGCCGAUGGAGAAUCGGACAGAUUGGGGAACUCAAGGAAGAGGACUUCUUGAGGAAAAAGACUCCAAAGAAGGUGUUCUUGCUCACUGAUGCCCCCAGGGCUGCAGCUCGCCUGUGUUAAUCUGAUAGGGGACUGGUUUGUAGCAGAAGCUACCUGCUAGUCUGCUGUUGAGGUCCCAGUUGCCCCUUGUUCCAUUUUUUGCCCCCUUCUCCUGGAACA